UAGUAAUGCCAACUGCGUCUUCUUCUUCUUUUGUUUCUCGCAAUUCUCGGCCAGACUUUAGCGAAUGAUCCCUUUCUUUCUUGGCUUCUUACGUGCGGCGUAAUCCUAGAAAGUUUCCGUUGAGAAGAGUCAGUCUUUGAGAGAAGAACUCUCUAACAUCCGGUGUGCAUGAUAGUUUCGCACAUCGAGUACUUUUAUCUUUGAUUUGAUGCUGCUUAUGCCUUAGCGAAGUCAUUUGGUGUUGAGGUUCUCCCUGAGGUCUGGAAACACUCUUUGCAACUUGCAGCGAUCUAAUUUUCGAAUCGUGUUCACAGAUAAAGCUAUUAUGUGUUAUUGGACUGGAUUUUGGUAUUCCUGACCCAAUCUCCUAAGUAUCUCCUCUUUGUCAACAUGUGAAAAGAAGAGUGUAGGUAUGUUCACCAGCAUCAGUUUGUAGUGGGGCGAACACACAAGGAGACAUGGCCUUUUCCUCCUUGCUGUUGUUAUCUUGUGGUUGCGGUGCAUAUGUUGAAUGAGCCCAAACGGCUUGGGAUAUGCUUUCAGAGGAGCAAAUGCAGAAACCUAUCACUACGGGUUGUGAGGAACUUGAUACAAUACUUGGAGGUGGAAUACAGUGCAAAGCAGUAACUGAAAUUGGAGGAAUUCCAGGAAUUGGUAAAACACAACUUGGGAUUCAGCUAGCAGUCAAUGUCCAAAUUCCUGUUCAAUAUGGUGGUCUUGGUGGAAAGGCAGUUUACAUAGAUACAGAAGGCAGCUUCAUGGUUGAACGUGCACACCAAAUUAUUGAAGGAUGCAUUGCUGAUUUAUUUGAAAAAUUUGAGCAUAGGAAGCAGUCUUUAGUGUGCCCAUACAUAUUGCAACCUAACAGCUUCCUGGCUAAUAUAUUCUACUUCCGCGUCUGCAGUUAUACUGAGCAAAUUGCAGCUGUUAACUAUUUGGAGAAAUUUCUUGAAGAACAUAAAGAUGUGAAGAUAAUUGUUGUGGACAGCAUCACUUUUCAUUUUCGUCGAGAUUUUGAUGAUUUGGCUAUGAGAACUAGAGUACUUGGAGGGAUGUCAUCGAAGCUGAUGCGAUUUACAAAGAAGCAUAACUUGGCUGUUGUUUUGCUGAAUCAAGUUACAACAAAGUUUGUGGAUGGCUCAUUUCAGUUGACUCUUGCUCUUGGUGAUAGUUGGUCUCAUGCAUGCACCAAUCGGAUCAUUCUAUACUGGAAUGGUAAUGAACGACACGCAUAUAUCGAUAAGUCUCCAUCUCUUCGAUCAGCCUCCGCACCCUUCCAGGUUACAAGUAAAGGUAUUCGAAAUGUCACUUCAAAUUGCAAGCGUGUCAGGAUGAUGUGAAGACAGAUGUGAUUCGAAGAGAAGAUGAUAACUAGAGACUAGAGUUGUUUCGUUCAGUUUCAUAUAUUAUAAAUUGGAUUAUUAACUGAUGUCGAAAACAAAGAUAACUCGAGGAGUUUCUUUCAGAUACCUGGAACUGCUUCCACAAUGUGGUACUUGUAAUGUAUUAAAUGAUAAAUUAGUUAGUGUUA